AUGCUCAGCUCUUCACUAGUGGUGCACAUGCUGUGCCUGCUGUCGCUCUCCUACGCAUGCUACAUCCAGAACUGCCCACGCGGGGGAAAACGUGCCUCCACUGACCCAGCUAUCAGACAGUGUAUGGCAUGUGGUCCCAGGGACAGGGGUCACUGCUUUGGCCCCAGUAUUUGCUGUGCAGCAGGUUUAGGCUGCUCUGUGGGCUCUCCUGAAGCAGCAAGAUGCAUGGAGGAGACCUACAUUCCCACUCCAUGUGAGACUGGAGGGAGAGCAUGUGGAUCUGAGGGGGGACGCUGUGCUGCUUCAGGUGUCUGCUGUAACUCAGAGAGUUGUGUUCUGGAUUCUGGCUGCUCAGAAGACAGCAGGAAUUACCGUCCUGCAGAAGGAAGCACUGUAUUGAGCAGUAUUUCAACAGGAGAGAUGCUUCUGCAUCUCCUCAGCCUGGAGGCUGUGAAGUAG